AUGCACGAGCCCGUUGAGAGCUUCCUCGUUAAGAUCGCCAGGAGCUGCUCGCAGGAGACGUUCGUGCUGCGAGAGUUCGGCAUCCUCCCCGGCUCGCUCGCGAUCCUCUUGAACGGGCUCAACAAUCGGCUCUGCCAGCUCGACAAGCUUGACUUGAGCUGCAACAAGAUCGGAGACGAGGGGGGGACCUUGAUCGGCGAGUUUCUUGCGAGCAACAGAACCCUCAAGACUCUCGUCCUGCAGGGCUCCAGCAUAGGCCCACCAGGACAGCGCGCCAUCUUCGACGCUCUAAAGGGCAAGAACACCUCCCUCUCUUCCCUCGACCUAGGCUGUUGCGGAGCUGGCAAGAACGUGUGCGGGGACGAAGGAUGCCUGGCGCUCGCGGAGGCGCUCAGGAGAAACACGUCCCUUGCUCGCCUCAGCCUCUCUGCCAACCGGCUGUCACCCGGCAUGAUGAGCAGCCUCAGCAGAGGGCUCGGGAGGAACUUGUACCUCACCCAGCUGGACCUGUCGGACAACAUGAUCCAUGACGAGGGGGCUACCUCCCUUGCCCAGUCUCUCUCCCUCCUCCACCUCUCCGAGCUCUCCCUCUGCCGCAACUCGAUCGCCUCCAGCGGAGCUGAGAAAAUCGCGUACGCCAUCGAGCUGGGAAAGCCCGGCAUCACGACUCUCGACCUGUCAGGGAACGCGGUUGGCUACGGAGGCUGCAGGGCCUUUGCAGACAUUCUGAGCUACAAGAACACAGUGCUGACUGCCCUCAAGCUGCGCUCCUGCUCCCUGCACUUGCAGGAGGUAGAAGGCAUCUUGCGGUAUCCUCGCUCUCUGACCAUGACCGACCUCUCCAAGAACGAGAUCGGCGACAAGGGUCUCCUCCACCUCUCUCGCGUCCUCGCCAGCAACCGAUCGAUCCAGCAUGUCGACUUGUCCUUCAACAGCAUCGGCGACGCGGGAGCCUCAGCCUUGUCCUCCGUGCUGAAGACCAACGAGAGCCUUACCGAGCUUGACGUGUCAUGGAACAACCUGCGGGAAGCAGGUCUCCACUCCCUCUGCUAG